UUUUAUCAGGCAAAGUUUGGACACCUUGCCGAGGCUGUGCUAGGACCAGUCAGAAAUCUAACAUGGCGGCGGCUCUACGCGUGUGUUGUGCCCUCCGCCUCACAAUCGGAGGUACGAAUCCUCUCCGCACCAUAGGUGGCGCCGUUCAUGGAUCCCAGCUGGCAGGUCGAGUCUCGGCUACUGCUUCCCUGCAGAGAAACGCUGCACCCCCUCUUGUCCCUGCAUGGCAGCAAUGUCGACACGGCAGCUUCUUCAACAAGUUGACAGCUGCUGAGCUGUGGAAAGGCGUGCUGGCCGAUACGGGAGCUGGGAACAAGAAGGGCCGAGGCAAGCGAACCAAACGCAAGCUGAAAAGAGACCUAAACCGAGGCCAGCAAGUGGGAGAAGGUAAGGGAGGCUUCCUGUGGCCCGGUCUUAAUGUGCCAUUGAUGAAAGACGGCACUGUACGGAAGUUGACCCGCAGGAGCGACACCGAGCAGCAGGAAGUGAAAGCUGAACUUUUGCUUCAGCGCGACGAGUGGGAGAAGAGGAGGAAAAUGAAGUUGAAGCGGGAAGGAGGCUGGACGGGGAACUCAUGGGGGGGCAUCAGUCUUGGGCCCCCUGAUCCGGGACCCAAUGGAGAAACCUACGAAGAAUUCGAUUCACGUGUCAUUGAGCUGAAGAAUGUGAGCUGCAUGACGGCGAGAGAUGGCAGGAAAAGGACCAUCAGCUGCCUUGUCGCCGUAGGGAACGGCAAAGGAACCGCAGGUUUUGCAGUGGGGAAGGGGCCAGACAGAAAUACAGCUCUGAGAAAGGCCAAAAAUCGAGCCAUUCACUACUUGUACUACAUAGAACGAUACAAGGACCACACCAUUUUUCACGACAUUGAAUCCAAAUUCAAAAGGUCGACCCUCCGCAUGAAGAAACAGAACGAAGGCUACGGUCUGCACUGCCACCGUGCUAUAAUCACCAUGUCUAAGCUGGUUGGCAUCAAGGACUUGUACUGCAAAGUGGACGGAACGACCAACCUGCUUAACAUGACCAAGGCAUUCUUCGCUGGGCUGACCAGUCAGGAAACCCACCAGAAGUUGGCGGACAAGAAACAGCUCCACGUAGUGGAGUUCCGCCAGGAGCGCGGCCCGCUGCCCAUAGUGGUGGCCAGCCCCAAAAUGGGCGCAAAAGCCGAGCCGGAACCCGAGGACGAGAUCCUCGACACCCGCCUGAACUGGGACGACGUCCGAGCCACGCAGGGGUUCAAACGCUCCAUCUGGGCGGGCGUCAAACGCACUAUUUUGUAGCGUGAUUCCAGAGAACUUAGAAUUUAGUAAUUACAUUCUGGUCAUGUGUUUUGGCGUUGAAAUACAAUUAUGUACAUCAUGUCCUUUUGCAUGUACUCACACAGCUCAUUAAAUCAAAUAAUUCAUCUUA